CGCAGGCGGAGGGCCGCCUUGACGUGCCUCGAAUGCCGCCGCCGCAAGAUCAAGUGCAGUCGCGAGGACCCAUGUGCCCAGUGCGUGGCAGCCAAUGUUGGAUGCUUCUACAGGACGUUUCGAGCUCCGGGAGAGCAUUCUGCGCACAAUACUCCACAAGCAAUCGGCGAGGCAGAGCUCUCACCUGCACAGAGGAAACGGGUCGUCAAGACGCCUGCGUCGACCGCAACAACCCAUGCAAAUUCGGUCCUGGACAUCGUCACACCGCAGGGCACGCCUAAAGACACUGCACCUGCCGGGGCUACGCAUUCAUCAUUGGACACGCUCGACGAAGAAGACGGACAGCCGCCCAUCUGGCCGCAACUGAUUACAAGGGCGGACGACGCGGAGAGCGUGGUGGACCCAGACGGCCUGCAGACCACCACCCAUCGGGAGGUCCUGGUCAGAGAACACGGCACCGGCAGUCCCCAGAUUCUGCUCGACAAAACGCGGAUGCCUGUUUGGGGGCAUUUGUUUGCAACCGCGCCACCGCUGCGCCUUAUCCUGUCAUGCGUCCUCGCCGCCACUGGCCAGCAAGCAGAUCCUCGCUUUGAGCGACAAGAUAAUGGAACAAAGGCCCUGGUCGACGAGAUGAGCACGCUGCUCAGGGAGUGCAAGCAGACUGCGCGGCGCGUCAAGCAGGGCCGGCCGAGCAGAAACCCGCCUGGCUCCCAGCCUAUGGACCUGGCCGUGCCAACCCGCGAGGUUGCCGACGAGGCGGCGAGGCUCUACUUCCGCAAUUUCGAGUCGACCCAUCGCAUCCUGCAUAUCCCGACGUUCUGGGCCGAGUAUGAGCAUUUCUGGCGGACACAAGGCCAAGGACAAGCGGAGGACCAACGAGGAGCAAGCUCCGAGACACCACCACCACAACGCCGCCAGCACCACCGCCUGCGCCUCAAGAUCCUCCUCGUCAUUGCCCUCGGCAUAAGCCUGGACCCCAAGCUGGCCUUGGACCACCAGUUCCGCAUGCGAGCCGAGCGGUGGGUUCACGCAGCCCAGCUCUGGCUCGCGGGCCCCGUCGAGAAGGACCGCCUCGACGUGUCGGGCCUGCAGAUCCACUGCCUGACGCUGCUGGCACGGCAGAUCUACUCGGUCGGGGGCGACCUCGUGUGGAUGUCGGCGGGCACGCUGCUGCACACGGCCAUGCAGAUGGGCCUGCACCGGGACCCGAAGCAUCUCGUGCUGCAGCACAAGGCACCCCGGAGCGGCAACAGCACGCUGGUCCUGCGCGCCGAGCUGCGCCGCCGGCUCUGGGCGACGGUCCUCGAACUCGUGGUCCAGACGUCCUUCGACGUGGCCCUGCCGGCCCGCGUGACUUGGGACGACUUUGACACGGAGCCACCAGCGAAUGUCGACGACGAGGACCUCGUGCGAGACGGUCUGGUCCUCGACGCGCCGACCAAGCCACGCGGGAAACCCAAGGGGGUUCUGACCCAGACGUCAGUCCAGCUGCUCUUGUACGCGUCGCUGCCCCUGCGCCUGAUGCUCCUCGAGCGCCUCAACGGCUUGCGAUCCGAGCUCUUCUAUGCCGACAUCCUCGCGCUGAGCGCCGACCUGGCGAGGGCCAGGAGCCACGCCCACGCCCAGCUGAGCAGGUUCCAGCAGCGCGAGGGCGUUGCUGCCAACCACGACCGGAACCCCCCAGCCCGCGUGACCGCCUUUCAUCAGAACAUGCUCAGCAUCCUCCUGGGCCGGUUCCUGUUGCACCUGCACUGCUCGUUCGCCGCCCGCGCCCGCGUCAACCCGAUCUUCCAUUUCUCCCUGACCACGACGCUCGACUUUGCGUUUGACGUCAUUUUCGCCGGCGACAAGGACGAGGGUGCGGCCGCAUUUGCACAUCUCCUGGCUUCGGCAGGGGGCAUGUUUCGCGAGACGCUACGGAACGCGCAGAGCGUGGUGUGCCUGGAGCUGCUCUCUGCUGUGCGGGCCCAUUACCUGCGCACCGGGCACAACACGGACCGACACAUUGCGCUCCUGAAGCACGUGGUAUGCAGGGCUAGAGAGAUAUGCCUGGCGCGCAUCCGGGACGCUGGCGAGUCAAACGUCAAGGCUUACCUAUUUCAGCGGCUCACACUAGCGCAGGCCGCGGCGAUAGAAGAUUCGGCGUCG